UAUUACCUCUGGGUUUUUAAUUUUUUCCUAAACAAACCAAAAACCACUGAAAAGUUUGAAAAAAAAAAAGUUUUUUUCUUAGUUUUUGUUAUAAAAUUUUGUAAAUAAGUGAUUUUUCUCCUUCACGGAUGUGCGCUAAUGAGACUGCAGUGAUGGGCACUGAUAGGUGGCACUGAUGGGCACUGAUAUGUGGCAUUGAUGGGCACUGGUAGGCACUGAUAUGUGGCAUUGAUGUGGCACUGAUGGGCA